UCCGAUUUCUCAGAGUAGAGAGAGAGAGAGAGAGAGGAAGAAGCUUGAGGAGGUCGGCAAUGGGCGGAGCAGAUCACGGGCACGGGCACGGGGAGGUGCACGGCGAUUUCAGGACGAAGGUAUGGAGCAUGAGCGGGGGGCCUUACUGCAGGCCCAAGCACUGGAAGCGCAACACCGCCAUCGCCAUGUUCGGCGUCUUCCUCGUCUGCAUCCCCAUCGCCAUGACGUCCGCCAAGCUCGAGCAACGGCCUCAUCAGCCUGUUCGCCCCAUUCCUUCACAACUCUGGUGCAAGAACUUUGGUAAUAAGGAGUACUGAAGAAGUGUGCAAGAGCGAAUAACUGAAGUGCUAAGUCCCGCAGCAGAUUGAAGUGGCUUGUAUCUACUCUUCUUCUUCGGAUUUAAAACACCCAGUUGAGAUUUUGGAUCACAUGUGUCUGAACUGAUGACAGUUGCCUUCUUUUGUGUGUGUCAUUCAGCAUCCAAUAAGCAGCGAUUUGCUUCUAUUUAGACAUGUCUGAAGCUACUCUUUCCAGCUGAACAACUACUAUCAUUCCAUAUAAGCUUCUGUGACAUUCAAUGUCCCAAUGCAACGAUAGCAAUGAGAAAGAUGAAAACAGCAUUUCAUGA